GUUUUAAAAUCCUAACAGUUAAGCCGGUUUAAUUUGUUGGUAAUAAAGAGCAUUAGGACUUCGGUGGACCUUAUAAUUCUGCGUCAGUUUAUAAUCUUUGGUUUCGGAAAUGUGAUCUCUUACUUACCAGAUUUUUAUUUAAAUUACUAUGUCGGAUCGUUAAAACUCGUGGAUAAAAUUUCAGAAGCAACUAUAUUUUAAUUAUCGGGGUAGAAAUGGUCAUAAAAUUCCCCGAUAUAUUCAGAGACAGGUCUCGGCUAUUCCUGGAGACCCGGCGGGGACGACAGCGGCCCCGGACAGAGGAGACUUUGACUAUUCCCGGAAUAUUUAGGCCACCAAGUGUUCAAGUAGAAAUAAGGAAAUUUAAUCUCUAUGGCAACCUUAGGAAAUCGAACACGGAAAUCCAUAACACCCUUCCUUCCCCGGAAUUAAUAGAAAGAGAAGUUCGAUAUAUAGCAUUUGAAGAUGAAAGAAGAAAUAAAGCGCAACAAGUGGAAUACAAGGAUUUUUACAGAUUUUUAACACCAACCCUUAAACACAGACCGUCACCAAGCAUGAGCAAUUCUGAGACAAUGGAGCCUACCAAAGUGAAAUGAUAUCAAUCAAUUAAACCCUCCAAGUGCUUGAUUAUGACAUAUUUAGAGAGUCAACUGUUUUAUUCUAGUCAUUUAUCAACACCAGGUCAUCAUUUUUGUUCACACACCAUUAAAAAUGGCUUCUUGUGUGUCAUUUUGUGUCAAAUUCUUUGUAUAAAUGUAUGCAUCAUACCGUGAUCUCAGUCACAUCCUUACUUAUAUUGACAACAGUAAUAAUUAGAAAUAUACAUCCCAUUUAAUGGGUUAUGAAUCAAAAAAUUAAUUAGGCAAUACCAUUAGCUCAUGUUACAGUUCCAGUAAAAAAAAAAUCUCUUGGAGUAAGCGGAAAAAAAAUACCUUUUCAGCUAAAAGUUUGUUCUUAAAUAGUUUGGCACAACCAUGUACAAUUUUUUUUAUAUGAAAAACACAUAAGAAAAUUUAUUAACUUUAUUUUUUAUUUCAUAA